AUGACAGAGGUUGUCCGAAUAGAAGAUUCUUCUGACGAAGAAGAAAAACAGGCGGCCGCCUACCAGCAUGGCGCUGAUGUCUGUAAGGUGUGGGCUCAGGACAGUGGUGAGUCCGUAGGUGAAGCUGCAGAUGGACAGAGUGCCUUCAUUUCUUUGCUUGAACCUUCAGGGGGGAUGCGGGGGGGUCAAAUGGAAGCGGCGACUGCUUGUCUUAUAUUGGUGGCUGCGCUGGUUGGGGGUGACGGGCACUGUUGUGUGCUCAAUGCCGAAACUCUCAGCAGGGUUGCGGCUGAGUAUACAGUGUUGCAGCCGCCCCAGCAGCACUCCAGCAGCACGGUAGGGGUGUCAGCAUCACCAGAUGAAGCCCACGGCCUAGCAGCGCACAAAAUUGAGGAGGGCACCCGCACAGCGAAGAAGGUGCUAGUGUUGCAAGCAAACCCUGGGAGGGGUGAUGUCUCUCUUGAUCUAUGGGAACCGCCUUCACACCCGGCCCCGGCGCCUGAGGAAGGCGGAAAGAAGCAGUAUGCUGAUGCCUCCCUGGGUAGGCCAGCUCAGUUGGCUUCCUCUAGCAGCCUACUCCGCCUGCUGUGUUUUCCCAAGAGCAUGAUUUCUCGCUUACGGUGGUUAGGGCUGGGCGCUGGAGCUGCAGCUCGGGGUUGGGCAUGCUGUAGCGGAGAGGUGUAUUGCUGCUGCUGUCGUGGGAGUACUGGCGAUCGCAGGAGCCUUCAUGCUAGGAGAAAAGACCGGAAGCAUUCGAAACUUCACAGUAAGAAGGCACAUGCCAAACCUGAAGACGAACAAACCGGCAUGGAUCUUCACAGUAGCAGCGACCGCAAAGAUGUACAGACAGUCGGUGACAACGGAAGUUCCUAUCCGGGGGAAGAUUCUGCUUCACAAAUUUCUGGCCGAUUCGCCUCGAGUGGUGUUGUUGCUGCCUCGCUGUGCUCGCCAUCAGUGGAUGCAACGCAGCCCAUCCGUAUGAUGCAACGGGACGGUGCGUCGACAACUAGAAAUGAUGCAGGUGCAACUGGUGACUGUAAGACUCUCGGAACUUCGGAAAGUAGAAGAUCCAGCACACACAGUGGGAGCAAUCACAACCGCUUAGAAGGAUCUUUGCCGGAGGUGCUGGGAAGGCAUUCUGGAGGUGGCCACCACAAACGACGCAGCGGGCAUAGCAGCACAAAGAAGCGCAGCAGUACUUCCCAGAGUAAGUCGAGCCAAAAAAGCAGACGGGAGAGGGAUGAACAUCCCUCCAGGAAGGAAGGACCACUAGGGAUUGGACUAGCGACUAGGGGUGAUUCUAGCCGUCCUGCAUCCACCGAAGGCCUUUUAAUUGGAAAAAAAGAUCAAAUUCACGGGAUUGCCACCCCGCGAAACGCCCUGAUUGUGACGGAUGGAAAGCCUUUGCAUGGCGCACCGCCUCCUCAGAGCGGCAUGACGCCUUCAAAUUCUAGGGCUUCCACUCAUUGUGAAGUUCAGAGGGAUGAAAUGACGGAGAAGAGCAAUACUGAAGGCAGCAGCGAUCGGCAAGGCACCUCAAACAGCGCGGAUGGGCUGAAUGAAGAGCGUCUGCAGUAUUUGACCACGGGGCAAUCGAUGAUUGGAAGUAUUUUGGCCAUGGAACGUACUGAGCACAAAGAACAGCAGCGAAGGAGAGAACGCCAGGCAGAUGAGCGCCGUUCCUCUAAGGAGGUACGACCUAAGGAUGCUGAUGUCCACCCAGCAGACUUCUUUCUCGACCACAGUCUCAGCUGCAGAAAAUGCAGGAAGUCGUCAGGUAGGCACGACUCUUCAGACGAAGGCCAUGUUGUUCCCGUCCUCUGCUUGGAGCUUCUUCAGUCCCAGGAAGACAAGCUUGAGUGCAGCGAACUGCUACAGAAGGUUCUUGAGCAGGAGAAGACGAACAGCAUGUGCUGCAUCGGCUCAUCCCUUCAACAGGCUCAGCACCACACAGGAAAUUCGCAUGGCGAGAUAUGCAAGACCUCCGCAGGGGUUUUUGUUUCUCAGCAUCCCAUGGCUUAUACCAAAUCGUCCACACACGGGAACUUCCACACAGAGAGCGAAAGGAAUAGUAGGAGCAGCAAGAGUAGGAGGGGUAGCAACACCAGCAGGAGCAUUGGCAGUCACAUUAUCAAUAACAGCAGCUUUGGGGGCAAUUCUAGCAUUAACGGCAGCACGGACAGUAACGGCAGCGUUAGCACCAAUAUUAAUAUAGCUCAUAGCCAGUGUGAAGUCGCCAGAGAGUGUCGUGCCGAAGGCGACCGCGAGACUGCCGACCGGCCUCAUUCCAGCAGCUCUGGCAAGCGCACCUCGAGGCCGCGGUCCUCCACCUCCAAAUAUGGACGCAGCAGCAGUUCAGGGCGGCACUGCAGGAGCAGCAGUAGCAGGCGGAAGAAAUCGCGGCGCGAAGUGUCACCGGCUUCGACUGCACCAGCAACGGCCGCUGGCUACACGAGAGAGUUGUGCUACAGCCGGCUGGGGGAGUCGUCGUCUCAGCGCGAUGCUUGCGGCGAUGGGACUGCUGACACAAGCUCUACGCAGUGCACCCAGAAUGUGUCUUGGAACAUAGCAAGUUCUGUUGGAAACAUGACGGAAGGCGGACCUUGCCACAGGGUACAUUUUAGGGACGGCAGCACUCCAAAGGUCAUAGAUUUGGGCCCCUCUUUGGAGCUCCCGAUGGCAGUACAGUCACCGAGUCUCUCUGUGGAAGCGAGCGGCGAAUCCCUUCCAAUAAAGCAGAUUAAAUCUGCCGGGAAAAGGGGCCCCUGGUUGCUGCUCUGCGUUGGCCCUGCCUUGCACAUCGGUCCUUCUGCAAAUAACAUAUCGGCAGGAACGGGGGCAAAGCAAGGUGAUUCUCAGAUUGUGGAAGCAGAGCCGGUUAGAGAAAGUUUGGGUUGUUUUAGAGAGCAAAGUAACAAGCGCAGGGGAACCGGACUACGAAGGUGGGAGGAAGCAGUUCCCACUGGCUACAGGAAUGAUUGUCUCUCUCUCUUCAAGGUUCUGCUUCCUUCAAGUAUCGGAUCAGGAGCACUUCUCGACCAUUUCCUGGGAUCUGGGGCUGCUGGUGAACCUAUCGAUGUAGAAGACCUCGUUGCGUUCUUUACAAAAUGCAUCAAAGAGCAGAAAAAAGCACCUUCAGAGAAUCAAGCGAACGGAGGCCAGCUGUUUCCCGAUAUCGUAUCGCACAUCUCCGGGGUGUUGAACGAGUUUUUUACGAGCAGUCUCUUUCUCUGGAAAGCACUGCAAAAAGGCAGAAAUGUCGUUUCUAGUUUCUCGAUCGAAUGCUUGGUGUCCUUUUGGAGAGCAAGAGGGCUUCAAUGCGGUGUGGAGUCACAGCGCACUGCACGGAAAGAGGGCAUAAAGAAUUUUCCGUUGGUGUGUGCAACGCCAGUUACCGUAUCUUCAGAGGACACUAGGAGGCAGGCAUCAGCAAGGCCGACGGCAACUGCCCCCUCUCCCGUAUUUGACCUGCUGCUAGAUGACAGAACUUUACGGCGCCUGAGCGAAAAGGAGUUCUUGGAUGAUACUAUCAUAGAUUUUUGCCUGGGAUUCAUCGUUGACCAUAUUCUUUCGCCGGAUGAGAGGCUUCGUGUCCAUAUUUCCAACACAUUUUUUCUAUCCGCCCUCAUGGAGCAGAAAUGCGAAAUGGAGGCCCAUACCCGCUUAACUCGAUGGCUCAAAAAAGAACUCACGCCCCUUCCCAAGAAGGACUUUAUAUUUAUUCCGGUUCACCACAAGCACCAGCACUGGAGUCUUGCUGUUGUAGUUUACCCAUGGCGUGCUAUUAACCCAUCCCAAACCAGCGCAGAGCACGAGAUUGUACGGAGAGCUUCUGAAAAAUCUGUGUGUAAACCUGAAGUCAGCAAGCUCUCGGGCGCCGUCCAGCAGCCUUGCUCCUUGGAGGUUUCUGCCCACGAGGUUGGCAUUAAGAUGUCUCCACAGAGCCGUACGGUAGGAAUUGUUGCUCCCUUUCCACUAGGGAAAGGGCGCGGGGUUGAAACAGGACAAUCAUCGGCUUCCUUAAGGGCACCUGGGCCACAUGCACAGAGGCCUUCGCGUGAGAAGGCUCGACUGUUUCACGUGGAUUCCAUGGGUCUCCGCAGUGUCUUCGAUCGCUGCCGCGGCCGGCUCAAGCGGUUUCUACGCCAAGAGUUCGAGCAUAGGUGUGGUGGUGAGCUGAAGAGCGGCGUGAAGGUGGAGCUGUGUACGGAUAGUUGUUGCUGGCAUGAUGGGCACAGUUGCACGUUGCACACACCACGUCAGCAGAAUGGGUACGAUUGUGGCGUAUUUGUAGUGGAGUAUGUGUAUUUCCUGACACGCAACCUCAGUGCGAUAGAGACGCUUCUGGUGGGCCCUUCCCGUGACUGUCAUUCACAGCACCGGAACGUCAAGCAGCCUACCGUUGGCACGACUACACCUAGUACCUACGGAUGCCUUGCCCAUGUUGAUGCUCCUGUUGAGGCUAGAAGCCAGGGUAAGUUGCUCAAAGCUGCUUUAGGUUUCCACUGCCCGUGCAUGGAAGCUGGUCUUACAGCGCAGAUGCGCGCAAACACCCAAGCAGUGUGUGGGCUACAUUCUAAUUUGAAAGCCCGUCUGGCUGAGCUUAGACAGGCACACGCAGCACUUUUUGGGUCUUCAAAGACUUCAUUCUCCAGGCAGCGGGACCUACGGGUCCAGGCAGGGUCUCCAACGACACCACCGAGCGUGUCUCAGGGAAACGGUGCAACUCACGAGCUUACUCCCCAACCAGUGGAAAAGAUUAGCUGCUCGGCAGCGCCGCAUAAAGUGCCUGGCCUCCAACACCGACAGCAUUUUCCAGACGCUAUUCGAGUGCAAAAUAGUGACUUCACUGAUGGGAGAGCGUCGCAAACGCAACAGUGCCCCGUCUGGGGCCCGCUACCGCUUUGUGCCAGCAAGCGGCGGUCUUCUCACAACAAGUGGUUUUCACAGGAGCGCGUUACUCAAAGGCGAUUGCAGUUACACAAGAUGUUGCUGUUCAUGCGACAAAACAUUCGUUGGAGGGAGGACCCAAGGCUUGUCGCCCAUCUCAAGUCGUUGUUCUUGAAUAUUGGCAGCUGA